ACUUCUCCUCGGGGCGCAACCAUGGUGACCUCCACCAAGAAGACGAAGAAGUCGGGGGACAACAUCAACAACAAGCUGCAGCUUGUCAUGAAGAGCGGCAAGUACACGCUCGGCUACAAGACCGUCCUCAGGACCCUCAGGAACUCCAAGGCAAAGCUUGUGAUCCUUGCUAACAACUGCCCUCCGCUCCGCAAGUCUGAGAUUGAGUACUAUGCUAUGUUGGCGAAGAUCACUGUCCACCACUACCAUGGAAACAAUGUUGAUUUGGGAACUGCGUGUGGUAAAUACUUCCGAGUCUGCUGCCUGAGUAUCAUCGACCCUGGCGAUUCCGACAUCAUCAACGCAACACCAGCUGGCCAGUAAACCUGUGUAUGCCAUUUUCAGUGUCUCGUCUGAUGCGUCAUCUAAGGUGGUUCUAGAGUGUAGUUCUUGCUGGACUUGAUUUGGUCUUGUGUACAUCAUUUAUCAGUCAAUCAAGUUUGAUGGGACUAUGGUUUUGGAUCAAAA